AUGGAAUUUUGUUUGAGCACGAAUUCUCAGCAUCCCAACCAAACCCACAAUAAUAUAGUUCAUCACCCUGAUGGUAUUGCUGCAUUUCAUGCCCAACUUCCUUCAGAACAAGACGACAUGCCCACGUGGCAAGACCAUGGAUUCUCAAUGAACAGAAGAAUCUUCAUUCAAACGAUUUGUGGGUCAGGAGGGAGGAAGAGAGAUUACAAGAAGAAAUAUAUAGCUGAUCCAAGGGAUUUGCAAGCUCUGACAGUAGACAAGGGCAUAAGAUUUCAAAUUGGUAAGCUCAAGAAAUUCUCCUAUAAAGUCUUGGAAGAUGCCACACGCAGGUUCAGCACUAAGAACUUGGUUGGCCAAGGAGGUUUUGCUGAUGUUUAUAAGGGAUAUCUCUCGCACUACACCAUGAAAGCUGCAAAACCAAAUGAAGGAUUCCCCAUUGCUGUUAAAAGAAUAAGAAGGCUUGGAUCACGAGGACAUGAAGAAUGGCUGAAUGAAGUGAUAUAUUUGAGCAAAAUUAGCCAUCCAAACGCGGUGAAUCUCAUAGGGUAUUGCCGUGAGGGUCAGCAUAGAAUGCUUGUGAUUGAGUACCUGAAUGAGGGAAGCUUGGAGGACCAUCCCUCGGAAGAAGGCAGAGGAAAGCUAAACUGGAAUAGAAGAAUUAAUAUAGCACUUGGGGCUGCAAGGGGUUUAGAUUAUAUUCACAGCUAUGAACACCAUAUUGCGGCUUCCAUUAUAAUGAUGCAUAAGGGCGUUCAUUUUCAUAUUAUCGACUGCGUAAGAAUGAUAUUGCAGAACUUCAAUGCAAAGCUUUCUGAUUUCGGACUGGCUAGAGAUGGACCUGAAGAUGACCAGUCCCAUGAACACCAGGCAGAGGAAAGCUAA